AUGGCGCAACAGGUGGUGGCGCCGCCGCCGCAGGCCCAACAGUUCGUGGCGCAGCAUGCGUGCCAAAUGCCGGACCUGCAGAUGGUCCACACGAACCCGACGGUGCAGCAGCAUGAGCAGCUCGCGGCCGCGCAACAGCAGCAACACCAGCCCCAGGACAUGAUGGCGGCGGCGGCCUGCCACAACAUGCAGCCGCCUACAGGCUACGUCGUCCACAGCCUGGACGUCCCGGCGCUGAUGCAGAUGGUGCAGACCGCCGACGCGUCGAAUCUGCAGCAGUGGAGCAGCACGGUGGCAAGCAGCAGCAGCAUCAACUUCGUCGGAUCACUCUACUGUAAUUUUCGUCUUUUAAUCUCAACAAUUAGCUAG